GAGGACAGGAAGUAUUCUUCAUCGUCAAGAGCAGCACACCGCAAUCUCAGCAGCCGCAGCGGCAGCUGGGAUAAAAACAGCCAGAUCGGAAAAGGCGAUGGAUGGCUAAACGGAGGCGAACAAGUGUGGUCCCGCCGACACGGUAAAAGGAAUGUUUUGAACGACGAGAUACGCUUUUUGACCUGUUAUAUUAUUUUUUUUUUAUUGCUGUGUGUAUCCGCGACAUUGGUGACACUUGUAACAAAAGUGUAUGAAAUGGAAAAAAUUAAUGCAGAUGUUCUUGUUGUCAGCUGGCACCGAAGGUUUCGCUGUAAGCCCUACGGUCUCUGUCGGCAUGGAGGAAUAAAGGCUAAAAAUGUGUUUCGCAUCCACGGCCUCCACUGCCUCUUUGGAACACCGCGUCCAGGCGAGCUCGAUACCUCUACAUCAGUGACAGGUGUUGUUUAAGUUCAAAGUUCAUCAUGGUGUUUCCUGAAGCGAUGGAUAAUUUUAAACCAGAUUCACUACUCCAUUUGGUAGAAAACGCCACAACGCUGGCCAGUAUAAACCUGGGAGACUGUUUUGGUGACAGCUAUCAUCCUACAAUGAACGUGUCUGUUCUUACAUAUGAAUUAAUGACUGGGCAGUUGGCAAUUGCCACUUUGAUAUUUGCAAUAUUGUGGUUAAUUUCAGUCUUUGGCAAUGCUCUCGUGUGCCUCAUUAUUCACCGCAGUAGGAGGGCUCAAUCCACCACCAACUAUUUUGUUGUGUCAAUGGCUUGUGCAGACUUGCUUCUCAGCUUGGCCAGCUCACCUUUUACACUGCUCCAGGUGGCAUCAGGACACUGGGUUCUCAGUGGUGUGAUGUGUAAACUGGCGAGAUAUGUACAGUAUCUGGCACCUGGUGUGCAGAUUUAUGUUUUGCUUUCAAUCUGUAUGGAUCGUUUCUACACAAUUGUCUAUCCCCUGAGCUUCAAGGUCUCACGGGAAAAAGCCAAGAAAAUGAUCCUUGCAUCAUGGUUGUUUGACAUGGCCUUUGUUUCCCCAAGCCUUUUCUUUUUUGGCUUACAGGGGGACAACCACUGCAACUUCUUUCUGCCCGAAAACUGGAAGGGGAUUUUAUAUGGAGUUAUCCACCUUCUUGUGGGUUUCCUUGUCCCAUCUGUUGUUAUUAUCUUUUUCUAUCAGAAAGUUGUCAAAUACAUUUGGAGGAUAGGCACGGAUGGAAGGACAGUGAGGAGAACGAUGAAUAUCGUCCCAAGGACUAAAGUGAAAACCAUCAAAAUGUUUCUGAUGCUAAAUUCAUUGUUUAUGGUUUUCUGGCUUCCUUUUUAUGUGGCCCAGCUGUGGCAUCCCAAAGAGACUGACUUGAGACAGAGCUCUCUGUUAUUCACAGUUGUCACCUGGAUAUCCUUUAGUUCUGCAGCAUCGAAACCCAUUCUCUACUCCAUUUAUAAUGCGAACUUUCGACGUGGCAUGAAAGAGACCUUCUGCAUGUCAUCUAUGAAAUGCUACCGAAGUAAUGCCUAUGCCAUCACAACCAGUUCAAGGAUGGCCAAAAAAAAUUAUGUUGGGAUCUCAGAAAUUUCAGCUCCUACAAAAACUAUAACUAAAGAUGCCAUUUAUGACACAUUCGACAGAGAAGCAAAAGAAAAAAAACUUGCAUGGCCUAUCAAUUCAAAUCCACCUAAUACAUUUGUAUGAAGCAAAUGUGAAAAAGACUGAAUAAGAACUUUAAAAUCCUAAAUGGGUUUGGGGCAUUUUAUUCUGCUAGAGUUGACACUGUCCAGAUACAAAUUCAUUUUACAAAAUAUGGUCUUGAUUGGGCUUUUUUGUUUAACAGUGGAAGUUUAGAGUACAAGAUGCAGUGACGUGUACAGUUAUGGUUGUUAAUUAUAUGUACACAAAGUAGAUGAAUGCUGCAUUUUGUAUGAAUUUCAUUAAACCCUGAAAACAUUUUUAACUAUAAAAUAUUGUUUAUUAUUAAAUAUCAAGAUAAAUACUUUAUUUAAUGAUGUUUACUGGGUGUCUAAACAGUUGUUUCAACAGGGUAGCACACAGUGCAGCAAUUAACGUUUAUUUUAAUACAACACAGCGUAAAUGAAGUUAGGUCCUUAUUUCAUGUGUAACAAUUAACUUCUCCAAAUUAUGAUUAAUUUUUCACACCAUUUAUUCCAACUCAUGGGGUGAAACCUACCCCAGAGGAACCGCAUGCAAGGGAGAAACCAACAGAGUGAUGACCACCAGUCCUCCACAGGACACCCGCAUGUCCAGUUACUUUAGAGCAGUGGUCUCCAUCUCUGGUCCUGGAGAGCCCCAGUGGCUGCAGGUUUUCAUUCUAACCCUUUUCUUAACUCUUUGAGGGCUGAAUAUUUUUUCCAAAAAAAAAACUUUUGGUUUCACACAGAAAUCAACAUAAAACGUCUGUUGCUGCAUGCUGUGGCUGCCAGUUUGCCAAGAAUGAACGGCAAGCUUGCUGCCAGGCUGUCUUUGCGCAGCUGGGGUAGCAGCAGCAGCAGUCACGGUCACACUGCAUUACAUUCUGAUUGUUAAGUGGCAGUCCUCCCUGGCGAACAUUGUCACAACCACAACUAGCUGGGGACCAAUCAGCUGAAGCUGGAACCUCACAUUCGUUUUCAGUCACUUGUAUCAAAAUCGGAGUCCGACAAGUCAUAGUCCAGUCCAGAGAUAAUAGGCAAGACGUCGUCCACGGAGUAUUUAACUUUUCACAUUUGCUUUGAUCUCUCGCCAGAUAUCAGUGCCAUUUUUGCCAUUGUGUGCGCCUUGCUACUCACGUGAGCGCAGGGAAUCUCGGUCAAACCAAUGAAGCUAACUUUCCUUCUAGCAAUGAGAGUCCAACGUAACGGUUGGUUUUGUCACAGUUUACAGUUGAUUACCAUUGUCAACUCCUCCUUUUGACAAAAGUCGACAUCAGCCCUGAAAGAGUUAAUGAGUGACCUGUUUUUGCUGCCAAUUAACUUCUUCAGAAUUAAUUUUAUUUGACUUGCUCUUGAAGACUCAGACCCCUUAAUUGUUUCUUUAACUUAAUUAGCAGCCAAACAAUAAUGAAAUACAAAAUGAGCCAAAACAACUGGUGUCCAUCAUACAAUAUCUUAAAAUAAAGAAAGGUGAAGGUCUCAGGAAUGUCGAUCUGCUCAGGACCCCAAAACAUUUUAUCGCUGCUCUUAGAAAGGAGAAAAUCAAGAAUUUCUGGAAAGUACAAUGAGAGCAGCAACAAGCCAUGGAAUUGAAGAAUGUGUUUAAUUAACAACAAGAAUCAGAGUCUAAGUAAGCAACUGGCUGGAGUGAAAUUAGUUGGAGUUUCAGGCCCUGACUUAGUUGGUCUUCUGUUGGCUCACUCACUUCACAUUUGAUUUCUGUUUGGGUGCCAUUUAAGGAAAGAAACAAAGCAAUUCAGAGGAACAAUGAAGAAAUUCAGGGGGACAAAUCUUAAUAAAAACAAGUCAACUAAAAUUAAUUAGCAGCAAAAACAGUGCACUAAUUAAGAAGAGUCAGAAUGAAAACCUGCAGCCACUGGGGCCUCCAGCACUGGAGUUGGGGGCUCCUGCUUUAGAGUCACAACACACAAACAUCUUUUAAACAUGGUGAGAAAGUUAUUGGGCCUGGGUUCAAAUGCAAAAUUCUGAAGCCAUGAGAAAGAAAUGCGAAUCACCAGUGUCUCACUACAAGUCCUUACUGCUGAGAGCUUUAUAUCAAUAGACAAUAUGGGAUAUCAUCAACAAAGGCCUACAGAGAUGUCUUUGUGAAACAAUCUGUAUCUGAAAUGAUGAGCAUUCCAGAAGUCAAAGAGAUACCUACUUGUUUUGGGUAGGGCUCAUAAUUAAGCUGAAAUUUGUUUUGCUUCUGUAAAGUUUUUCUGCGUCAUCCCCACAGUGCCUCAACUGCCUUUGUGAGUGACAAAUCAUGAAAGUCUUGUAUAAUGAUAAGGCAUCUAUCUAUCUUUUACUUUAUAUUGAGAACACAAUGGCAUUUUAAUAGCAGCAAAUGACUUUGAUGUUGCAUAUUUGUUAUGUACAUUUGAAAAGCAGCGCAUCCCCAAAUGUACCACCUUAACUGCUGUUCACCAUUCCAACAUUUGCCUUUGUAUCUUCAUGACAGUAUUGUAAAAAUUCUCACAUUAAACUAUUUUUCAAACUG